ACAAAGUACAAAUCGCUGGACUCUUGGUUGGAUUGUUCAUGGUUUUUAUCUCUCUGACAAAACGUCAACGAAAUAAAUUAAUAAAAGAAUACACUAGUACUGCAAUCUAAGAUAUCAAGAUGAUAAGCCAGUGUGCUGGCAAUUUAAUACCAGCCCGGUUUUUAAUACUGCUUGCGCACCUCACCAUUUGCAUAGUGACACUGUCUUCUCCCAGUGGAAAUAUUUAUGCUUGUCUUCCAGAAGAGUAUGAAGAAGAGGAUUAUCACUCAAAAGAUUUUCAAUUUCAGGUUGGACUAUACUUGAGCCUAGCUCUGAUUGCUCUUGAAUUCUUGGGCUUCCUCAGUGGCACAUCCAUGUUCCUGCCCUCAGUGGCCACAUUUUCGGUAGGAUGUCAUGCGAGUGCUUGCGUGUUGAUGGCUCAGUCUCUGUUGGACAACUGGAGUUGUCACGUCUACUGGUGGAUCUUCGGCUUCUGCUCAGUGAUCCCAGCGGCGCUGGAAAUGGCUGUGGCGCUCAACGUCCAUGUGCUCAAACGGAUAUAAAAACUACUGAUCACUAUCGUCUUUAAUGUAGGAAACAUAGCCUCUAAACUAAUUAAUCGAAUCUGUAAUGGAGUUUACUAGACAGUGCUGAAAAAUUCAGAAAUCUAUUUUAAUUUUCUGCAGUAAUAUUCUUUUUAAAAUAAAACCUAUUUUUCCCCUA